CUUCCCUCCUCCACCUUCCUGUCUAUACGCUUAUCUCUUUAUCCACCUCACACUCUUUACUAUAUCUACUUUCGACAGAUCACCAUGGGUUUUUAGAGAUUGUUGACUGCAUAGCGUCUCUUUGACACAAAUCCUCCACCACUCCUUACAAACAAACCACUUAACUACCACCAAAGCGCUCCUUCCAAACCAGCUCAGCUUGACAACAUCACCAUCACCACCAACACCACCAACCACCAUCAACGCACCCUCUCUCUCACUCUCUCUCUCUCUCUUCCGCCAGAGACACAGAAAUGCCCCGUCUCCAUCUAACGAACCACCUAAACCGCCUCCUCACCCUCCUUCUCACCACUCUGCCAACACCACUAACCACCUUCCUCCCCUCCCGCCUCCGCACCUACACCCACCGCACCCGCGCGCGCGCCCGCUCCCGCGCUCUCUCACGCCCACACCCUCCUCCUCCGCCUCCAUAUCAAUACAACGACCUCAAACCCUACAAAGACAAGAAACACCCUUUCCCCAACACCAAUCACCCUUGCCGAAACCCUCCCAACCAAUACUACCUCCGCCUCCGCCACCUCCUCAAAAUGACCCUCGUAACCCUCCUCCUCCUAACUCUUUUCCUAACCCUCCUCCCCGCAUACACGAUCUACCGGCCCCCCUCCCUCUUGAUUCGCUAUCUCCAACACCGCUACCCCGACGUUCUCUUUCACGUCCCGCUACCCCCCAGCGCCCCGAAGACCAUCGCCUUAACGAUCGACGACAGCCCGUCAACCUUCACCCCGGAAAUACUGGGGCUGUUAGAACAGUACGAAGCACGCGCGACGUUUUUCGUGAUUGGGGCGCAGAUCGCCGCGCCCCGGGGCCAGGAGAUUUUGCAAGAGAUGGUGAGGGCGGGCAUGGAAUUGGGGAAUCAUGCGAUGUCGGAUCGGCCGUCCCUUGAGUUGAGCGAUGCGGUGUUGGAGGCGGAGGUUGUGGGGGUGCAGGGGUGGUUGGAUCGGAUUGAGUGGCAGGUGUUUCCUAGUCCUGAAGAGGAGGAUGAUGAUGAGAGGGAGGAUAGGGAGGAAUUAGGUGGUGGAAGAAGACAGCAGCAGCAGCAGCAGCAGCGCAAGUAUAAAUGGUUUAGGCCUGGGUCAGGGUUCUUCUCAGAUCGCAUGCGCGCAAUCAUCCAGAAACUGGGAAUGCGGAUUGCGCUCGGCAGUGUAUAUCCCCAUGAUGCGCAGAUUGACUGGCCCCGGCUGAAUGCCUGGCAUAUCCUCAGUAUGGUUCGCUCGGGCAGUGUGAUUGUCUGUCAUGAUCGGAGGGGGUGGACAGUGCCUAUGUUGAAACGCGUGCUUCCUGAACUCAAGCGAAGAGGAUACCGGGUCGUGACUCUGAGUGAGUUGGUGGAGUUGGGCGAACAAGGAUUGCAUCUCGAGCUAUAAACUGUCAAAUGGCUACGAUGCUUUGAACAAGUGGAUGGUGGUGCAGUCAGUAUACAUGUAUAUAGUCUAAAUCUCUACCGUACAGGCUGGUCCUGAAG